AGCCGGCCGGCUAAGAAAUGGCGGCUGACACAACUCCACUGCAGUCGGUGCACAGCAAUGAUCAGGACUUAGUCCUGUUGUUGUCUUAUUCUUCCGGAGCCAACCGUUUCUCUGGCUCUGGGCCCUCAAAUUAUUUGAAGGUUGGCUUCUUUAAGACAGAUCGCGCCACUCAAACUGAUGCCAGUGACAUAUUGGAACUGAAGAAAAUGAGUAAUGAAGUUGAGUCAUUAGUAAAGGAAGUUACCAUUCUUAAAAGAGGUUUAGAAUCCAAAACAUUGCUCCUAAAAGCGGACUAUGAAAAGAAAGUGGAGCAGCAAUCUUUAGACCUAUAUAAUAGAAUUAAUGACUACAGUUCAUAUCUUCAAGAUACGUAUCUACAGAGAAUUGAAGUCCUUCGUAAUAGUUUUAAACAGCAGCUUGCUAAUGAAGUAGCAAAGAUCAAUGCUGGAUUUGAGAAAUACUGUAUAGAAGUACGUGCAAGGAAUCAACUGUCUCUUGAUGAUAACUCUGUGGUCAUGAAUAUACUUAAGCAGAAAGAUUCACUAAUUUCAUCUUUGAGAGAACAAUUACUGAAUUAUGAGACACAAGAACAAAUGCAUCAGUUCAAUUUGGACUUCAAGGAUGAGUUUGAGAGAGAUCAACUUGUUCAAGAAAAUGAAGAACUGAAGGAUCAGAUUUACUUAGUGAAGAAGAAUGCCGAAAAGAUGUCAGAAGCCAUUAAUUUAAAUGAAACGCAAAUAAAAAAUUUAGAGAAGGAGCUUCAAAUGCUGAAAGAGGAAGGUGAAAAAAAUGCAAGCAAACUGCGAAAGUUGAUUACAUCUGAAGAUAAUUUGAAAAAACAACUGGAUGCUGAGAAAUCCAAAAGGGACCAUAUGUUGAAAGCGCAGAAAUUAGAAAUGGAGAGUGUAUUAAAUGCUACAUUGAUUCAGAUGGAAAUGAAGGAGCGAACUGCUCAAGAGCUGGCUGCAUCCUUAAAAGAAAAGGAAACUGAAUUAGCUGACCAGAGGAGACUUUCUUCUGUACAGAAGGAAAUUGUUGUCAAGGAGGAUGUUUGUCCAGUACCAGAAGAGGUGGAAACUGAGGCUGUGAGUAAAGACAAAGUCAUUGAUGAGUUUCAGAAACUCAAGAAGAUAGAUAAAGAACAAAGAAAACUUAUUGAGAGCCUUAAAAAUCAACUGGAACGGACAAAUCGAAUCUGGGAAAAGAAAUUUGCUAUACUGAAACAAAGUUACCAUGCAAUAAAGGAUGAGAUGUAUCUGAGAUGUUCUUUGCAACGUCAAGCACCAAUCCUUCACUGUGCUUUUACACGUUACACAGUCAGCGAUUCUGUUGGGAUUGAUUUUAAAGAAAGAAAUAAUUUGUCUCCAUAUUUCACGCUGCCCCAAAUAGGGUCCUACUCAGCACCAAGUACAGCACAAACAGAGCCUAACAUGAACAGAACUCCAAGUGCCCCAGGUGCUGUUAAUUUGAGAUCGUCUGAUAAUAUGUGCUAAAGGAAACCACCGUACUGGAACCCGCCUCUCCCGCUCCAACCUACAGGCUUAAAGCAACGUGAACAGUUAAUCGAAUUGUCAACACUAACAAGAACCGUUUUUCUUUCCGACAUUGGAUGGAUUUAACCUAUUAAUAUCGGUACACGAUGUCCAGUAUAAACCGUGAAAUUUUACGAUAGACUGUUUUUAUAAAGGUCACGUAAAAAUCAAUGCCGUCUUCCACGCCAAGCUGUUUUCUUUACUCCCUGAAGUUCACAGUAGGAUCUGCAUAAGUAAUAGCUUGUUGAAGUAGGUACAGCAUUCAGAUAUACUUGCAGUUACAUCCAUUUGCCCCAUCCCAAAAUCAUAUGUUUAAAAUGAAUCCGUUGAUUAACUAAAAUAUAGUGACAAUAAUUCAAAACGUACUCUAACAUUAAGAGAAUGAUUUCUGCCACAUGCAUGGUAAGAACCUGUGAAUGAGCUCGGAACAAUUUUCCUGAAGCUUUUUGCAGUGUCAUCACGGCAGUGUAAACAUUAAAGGCCGU